AGCGGCGGAGGGGUGUUUUUUUAAAGCUACAGGGCCCGUUUGCAGCCGCGCCGCUUUGGUAGCGCCGCGCGUGUGUGUCCGUGCGUGUGUCCGUGCGUGUGUGUGUGUGUGUGUGUGCGUGCGUGUGUAUGUUUUGUUUUGCUCCGCUCCAGCAUGGGCAGCGCCGGCGGAGCCCCGCGGCCCGGGGUGCCCGCGCUCCCCCUGCCCCCCCGGCCCCGGCUCUGAAGACGGCCAAGCCCCAGCGCGGCGGAGGCAGCGCGGCUCGCUCUGCGCCUUCGCAUGGAGGGAAGAAGCAUGUCCCGUCUGUCUCUGACACGCUCCCCGGUUUCUCCUCUGGCUGCUCAAGGAAUUCCUCUCCCAGCUCAACUCACCAAGUCCAACGCUCCCGUGCACAUCGAUGUAGGAGGACACAUGUACACCAGCAGCCUGGCCACCCUGACCAAGUACCCAGACUCCAGGACUUUAAUCUUUUAUACGAAGAAGCAAAGUAUUACCAGCUGCAGCCAAUGAUUAAGGAACUUGAGCGAUGGAAACAAGAGAAAGAACAAAGGAAACAUUUCCAGCCUUGUGACUGCUUGGUUGUAAGAGUGACUCCAGAUCUGGGGGAGAGAAUUGCAUUGAGUGGGGAGAAGGCUUUGAUAGAAGAGAUCUUCCCGGAGACGGGGGAUGUCAUGUGCAACUCUGUGAACGCGGGCUGGAACCAGGACCCCACCCACGUUAUCAGGUUUCCCUUGAAUGGAUACUGCCGGCUGAACUCCGUGCAGGUGCUCGAAAGGUUAUUUCAGAAGGGAUUUAACGUGGCAGCUUCCUGUGGUGGUGGGGUGGAUUCCUCCCAGUUCAGCGAGUACGUGCUGUGUCGCGAAGACAGACGACCACAACCCACCCCAACAAUCAGAAUAAAACAGGAGCCCCUGGACUAGACCCUCCCCGUGCCCCCUUUGUAACCGUAGAAGUGUUUAAUAGUCCCUUAUGUGAAACACUAAGGAUUUGCAAAACAGUAUUAGCAAACAGAUUUGGACUUGAUGUUGCCCAUUAGUGGUACUCUGAAACUACCUGUCACACAGCCAGCCAUGCAUUUGGGAAACCACUUGUCUGUCCUUCACGGUGGAGUUCCUGAGCACACCCAGCAUGGCAGGGCUGGGAUGGACUUGGGGCUGACCAGCAGUGGUGUGGAACAGGCAAAGCUUUGGAAACCCUGGCCCUGGACUGGACUUCUGCAGCAAGAGCCAUGGAAGCAGUGGAAAGGACCAGCAGGAGCCCGGGGACAGCCAGAGCUGCGCUGCGGGGACGGGGGCGUCUGCGGGAGGAAGAACCCCAAAAACUGCACUGAGAACCUUCCCUGACUGCUGCCCCUCCUCCAUAUCAGACGUGCUCCACACCCCAGCAUCACAGUCACCUGGUGAUUGUACUCACCCACAUCAGCAAAUGGCUUAUUUUUAUACUACAUUUCCAACUGAGGUCUCUCUCUGUGAACAGGAUCCAGAACCAGAACAGGACUGAUUCAUAGUCACUGGUGCUCAGUACUUAAACCCCCCCAACAAAGCAAAUGAAACAAGUGACAAGAAAUUAGACAGGCCCACUUAUGGCAAUAUUUGCAACAGUAGGGAUCUGGAAGCACUAACUAAAAUGCCAUCCACCAUCACACGAGGGUCACAUAGCCCACGAGGAGCUGCAGCUCUUUUAAAGCCAAUCUUGUUUUGACACAGCAGCUGUUAAGUUUUGCAUCAUCAAAGAAGUGUGGUUCUACCAAACAAGGCACCCCUUGUUAAUCAUUUACUAACCAUGUUAGAAGCCCACAUUUAGCAGGAAAGUUUAAGCAUUUUGGACAAGGCCACUCUUAAUGGGUCUGGAAUUCUUGCAAAGAGUUGUUAAACCCCUGUAUUGCCAUUGCCAGGUGAAAGCAGGAUGCCGUCGGUUUCAAUUGUUUUAUUAUUUUAAAUUAUUAUUAAAAUUUGAAUUCUCUAGCUGCCCUUUAUCUGUGUAGCUUUCUCUGUAACAAAGUCAGGGGUCUGUCUGCAGGAGGUCCUGCUUCUGCCAGGACUUGGCACUGACUCACAGGGCUUUCUAACUCAGGAGACAGCACCGUGUUUGCAGGUGCAAGGCAUUCUGCUAAAUCCUGUUUAUUACUGUUUAGCAUGAUUGGGUCCUCAAUCACUAAUUCAUGUGUUAAUCACAAUUUAGUUUCUCCCACAAUAAUUUAUAGAAUACUGUAGUAGAUGAUGAAUUUUAAUUAAAGUCUUUUUAGAUGCAUAAAUACGGCCAUACGGAACAAGGGACAGAGUUAUUAAGUGGUCAACAGUUCUUAAUGCAAAUUGAUUGCAAUCAGGCAAAAUUUAAAAGUCACAUUUAAGACUAGUAUUUUCAAAAGCAAUGAACUGUACUGACUAUCCAAGGUAAAAUCUAGGCAGGGGUCUAAUUUUUGGAAAAGGGCUGGAUACCUGUCCAUGGAAAAUCAGACCUCUGCAGGUUUUCUCACCUUGGUCACCCAACCCAGAAAUCUCUAAUGGCAAUCCUGGCCGGUUGGCCUGCUACCUUAGCAGAACAGUUGAGCAAAUCUGUCUACUUUAAGAGUUGUAAAGUUAUUUUAUUUUGUGGUUUUAUACUUGUACGACAUUCUAAAGUUGCUAGGCAUUGCCAUAUUUGAAUAUAUGGCACAGCAUUCACCUUUGUAUGUAAGAUAUCUGUAGAAUUGUAUAUUAUACAUUUAAUAUUGUAAAGAACUUAACGUAUAAUUGUCAUGUAUUUGUGUAUGCACAUUUCUUAUACAGUACUUCAUGCCAUAAACAUUUCUGUAAAGUAAAUGAACAAAAGAAGCACGUAGGGUGGAACACUCACUGUAUCUCCCAUGUUGUUUGAAAGAGGUGAGAAUUUUUGAUUGCGUCUUCUCCAGCCCUUUGCUCCAUUCAGCUUGAUGUAGCUAUGUCUUACAAAAAGAUAGAAGUGUUUUAUUUAUUACUUUCAUACCUUUAAGUCCAAAGUAUCCCUCAAUGGUCCAUUCAGGUUCUUGUUUUUAUCCUGUAUCCACUCCUGCCCUGCCCUCUGGCACGGGGUGAGCUGAGCACUCCUGGCAGCACACCCUGUCCAGUUCUUACCUCUCAGCCAGGGAAUAAAGGUGAUAUUCCAUCCCAGGGGCUGCUCCUGCCCCUGGUGCUCUCCCCAGGCAGCUCUGGGGAGUGCAGACUGGGAUGGUGCUUUUACACAUCUGUGGAACGUUGGAAGUAUUUGUGGUUGCUUGGUUGGUUGCUUGGUUGGUUGCUUGGUUGGUUGGUUUCUCCUCAGUUUGGUGUUUACUGUAUUUUUUUACGGCUCAGUAAAGCAGCUCCUGUAGUUGGGGCAGCUUUGCUGAGGUGGCAUUGGAAAGGGUUCCAGGCUGCGCCAGCCGAGUUAAAUGUGAACUUGAGAUGGAAAGUUUAAACCAUGACAUCACAGCAUUGACUGCAAAACAGCACAAAGGCUAGGAAGACAUGUGGAAACAAUCAUUUUCUUAGAAGAAAUAUGCCUUUAAAAAAAAAAAAAGCUAGGACACGUUCUUUUAGUUAGUAACUUCAGGUCACUUAUUUAAAGAUUAUUACAGUUUCAUUUAUAUAUUUUUUACUUAUUUCCCUAUAUUUUUAGGCAUCAAUAUCAGCAAAAAACUGAUUUGAAAUAUCCACUUCUGGCCUUAAACCACAGCAACAUAACUUAAUGAGGACCAUUGCUCAGCAUCACUAGGAUGUUUAAAGCACCCCAGAGCCCUGGUGAGGCUGUGGUACGCAGCCAGCACACACUUGUGUGGCCAAGGCCAAGAAGCAAAGCACAGCACAGCCUGGUUUUUCACCUGAUCCCAUGGAGCAAAACUGUCUGAUUCCUGUUGCUGAGCACUGGCCCUGAGCCUGACAGCACGAGGCUCCAGGAGCACUUUGUGUCCAGGCUGUCACAGCCCCAGUGGCAGACAGAAAGGGAGAGAGAAUGCUCUGUUGUGCUUGUUGGGCUCCUCGCUCCAGACAGCCACAGCUGAGUGCAUCCAUUCUCUGCAUGAUGGCACCGAGGUUUGUUGACAAUUUUAUUAGAUGUUUCACAAAGGAUAAGAAUCAGCACAACAAAACAUUGAAGUAUUUGGUUUUAAUAUUUGUUUGUGGGUAUUCUGUUAAUAUUUUAAUGCAAAAUGUUUCUGACCAGUGCUUAAGAACUACAAGACAAUGUGAAAUUCAUGUUUGAUAAAUUAAUACUGUAUGUCACUCGAUGUGUUACUUUAGUAAAUUGUUUUAUUUCUUUACAAAAUAAGUACAAAUAAGGGAGUAUGUUUUCACACAAAUUGGGGGUAUUUACCAGUAUGUACAGAAAUCAUCAAAAUAACGUAACUCUAAUAAACACAAGGCCUUUAUAAACAGUAUGUACAAAUUAUCAAUACAUUUAAAACAUAACUUUACACUUCCUGGCCUUAAAUACCUUAUGAAUAAUCUUUUGGCUAAAUAGCAGCAGUAUAAAUUUUCUUCUGCUUUUCAUAAACCUUAAAAAAUAAUUAAAACCUUUGUUUUUAAAAC